AUGAGUUUUCUCUCGAAGCUCUCAGAACUGAAAAAGACAAAGCCAAAGACUGUGAUAUCUCCACCUCAAAAAGCUAAUAAGCAAGAGGAAAUCUCGUUAUUACCAAAGAAUUAUGUGCGAGAAGAAGAUCCAGCUGUUACAAGACUAAAGGAGCUGCGGCGUCAGGAAUUAUUAAAGAAUCCCGAACUUGCUAAAAAGAAACAGAAACAGGUGCGCAAAACUCCUUCAAGUUCAAAAGCUUCAACAGGUAAGAAAGACAAAAAUGGUGAUGAUAACAUGUUAGUUUCUCGUUUUAAGAGGAAAGUUGGUUCAGAUAAACCAGCUGUCCCAAUUCAAGUCAAGAAGAAGCCACAGCCAAUUAAAAAACUAUCAUUUGAAGAACUGAUGAAGCAGGCUGAAAAUAACCAAACAAUACCGGUAAGUAAAGAUACACAGUCAAAUGGCGCAGGUGAAAAAAUCAAAGGAAGCGCCAAGCUAAAUAAGCCAGGUUUUAAAACCUCACGACCAAAGUCCUUAUCCCCAACCACCCAUAUAAAUAAAACAGACCACGGGAAAGACAAAUCAACUGCUAAGGAAAAAUCAGAACCUGUAGUAAAGAUUGGAAUACCGAAAUUUGCUCAACCAAAUGAGCGUUUGAAGAAGAAACUUGAAAUGAGGCAACGUGUGAAUAAAUCUAGGAGAUACGAGGAUGAAGAAGAUGAUAUGGAUGACUUCAUUGAAGAUGACGAAGAAGAGUACAGCUCAUAUAGGACAACAUCUAAAGAUCCUGGAUAUGACCGUGAUGAGAUUUGGGCAAUGUUCAACAAAGGUAGGAAAAGAUCAUACAAUGAGUAUAUGGAUUAUGAAGAAGAAGACGACUUUGAUGCAAUGGAAGCAAAUGAAAUGGAAAUUUUAGAAGAAGAAGAAGAAGCUGCAAGGAUGGCCAGAUUAGAAGAUAAGAGGGAAGAAGCUUGGCUAAAGAAACACGAGCAAGAAAAAAAAAAGAAGAAGUUAAAGUUGCAGAAACGAUAA